CCAGCAGCCGCUGCGCCAGCGCGCCAUCCCCGGGCCCGCGUGCGUCCCCGCAAGGACAGCGACCCCGCCGCUGCCGCCGCCUCUCGGGCCCGCUUCCUGCCCCCUUCGCACCCCCGGGCGAGGGUGCCCAGGAGCAGGCCGAGCCGCGCUCGCCCCCGGCCCCGCCACCCUCCCGCCGCUUUGCGCGCCAUGGACGCCCCGGAGCCGCAGCCCGACCCCGACGGCGGGGACGCCCCAGGCCACGAGCCCGGGGGCAGCCCCCAAGACGAGUUCGACUUCUCCAUCCUCUUCGACUAUGACUAUUUGAAUCCUAUCGAAGAAGAACCGAAUGCACAUAAGGUCGCCAGCCCACCCUCCGGACUCGCAUACCCCGAUGAUGUCCUGGACUAUGGCCUCAAGCCAUACAGCCCCCUCCCCAGUCUCCCGGGCGAGCCCCCCGGCCGAUUCGGAGAGCCGGAUAGGGUAGGGCCGCAGAACUUUCUGAGCGCGGCCCAGCCAGCCGGGGCCUCGGGCCUGAGCCCUCGGAUCGAGAUCACUCCAUCUCACGAACUGAUGCAGGCAGGGGGCCCCCUCCGCGGGAGAGACGCUGGCCUGCUGGGGGAGCAGCCGGCCCUGGCCGGGGCGGCCGCCAGCCCGCGGUUCACGCUGCCCGUGCCCGGCUUCGAGGGCUACCGCGAGCCGCUUUGCUUGAGCCCGGCUAGCAGCGGCUCCUCUGCCAGCUUCGUUUCCGACACCUUCUCCCCCUACACCUCGCCCUGCGUCUCGCCCAAUAACGGCGGGCCCGACGACCUGUGCCCCCAGUUUCAAAACAUCCCUGCUCAUUAUUCCCCCAGAACCUCGCCAAUAAUGUCACCUCGAACCGGCCUCGCUGAGGACAGCUGCCUGGGCCGCCGCUCGCCCGCGCCCCGUCCGGCCUCCCGCUCCUCGUCGCCUGGCGCCAAGCGGAGGCAUUCGUGUGCCGGGGCCCCGGUCGCCCCGCUGCCCGGAGCCUCGCCCCAGCGCUCCCGGAGCCCCUCGCCGCAGCCCCGGGACGACGGCGCCCCCGCCGGCUACCCCGCCGCGGCCGGCUCCGCCGUCCUCAUGGACGCCCUGAACAGCCUCGCCGCCGACUCGCCCUGCGGCAUCCCCCCCAAGAUGUGGAAGACCAGCCCCGAGCCGGCGCCCGUGUCCGCCGCCCCGCCCAAGGCCGGCCUGCCCCGCCACCUGUACCCGGCCGCCGUGGAAUUUCUGGGCCCCUGCGAGCAGGAGGAGAGGAGGAACUCGGCCCCCGAGUCCAUCCUGCUGAUGCCGCCCACGUGGCCCAAGCAGCUGGUGCCCGCCCUUCCCCUCUGCAGUAUUCCAGUGACCGCAUCCCUCCCUCCGCUUGAGUGGCCACUCUCCCACCAGUCGGGGUCCUAUGAGCUGCGGAUUGAGGUGCAGCCCAAGCCACAUCACCGGGCCCACUAUGAGACAGAAGGCAGCCGAGGGGCUGUCAAAGCUCCAACUGGUGGCCACCCUGUCGUUCAGCUCCAUGGCUACAUGGAAAACAAGCCCCUCGGGCUUCAGAUCUUCAUUGGGACAGCCGACGAGCGGAUCCUUAAGCCCCACGCCUUCUACCAGGUGCACCGCAUCACGGGAAAAACUGUCACCACCACCAGCUACGAGAAGAUCGUAGGCAACACCAAAGUCCUGGAGAUCCCUCUGGAGCCAAAGAACAACAUGAGGGCGACCAUUGACUGUGCGGGGAUCCUGAAGCUGAGGAACGCGGACAUCGAGCUGCGGAAAGGCGAGACGGACAUCGGCAGGAAGAACACGCGGGUGCGGCUGGUUUUCAGGGUGCACAUUCCAGAGGCCAGCGGGAGGAUCAUCUCCCUGCAGACUGCAUCCAACCCCAUCGAAUGCUCCCAGCGAUCCGCCCACGAGCUGCCCAUGGUGGAAAGACAGGACAUCGACAGCUGCCUGGUCUACGGGGGCCAGCAGAUGAUCCUCACGGGACAGAACUUCACAGCCGAGUCCAAAGUCGUGUUUACUGAGAAGACCACAGAUGGGCAGCAAAUUUGGGAAAUGGAAGCCACGGUGGAUAAAGACAAGAGCCAGCCUAACAUGCUUUUUGUUGAGAUCCCUGAGUAUCGAAACAAGCACAUCCGUGCAUCGGUGAAGGUCAACUUCUACGUCAUCAAUGGGAAAAGAAAACGGAGUCAACCUCAGCACUUUACUUACCACCCAGUCCCAGCCAUCAAGACGGAGCCCACCGACGAAUACGACCCCACCUUGAUCUGCAGCCCGGCCCACGGGGGCCUGGGGAGCCAGCCUUACUACCCGCAGCACCCGAUGGUGGCUGAGUCCCCCUCCUGCCUCGUGGCCACCAUGGCGCCCUGCCAACAGUUCCGCUCGGGGCUCUCGUCCCCCGACGCCCGCUACCAGCAGCAGAACCCAGCGGCCGUCCUCUACCAGCGGAGCAAGAGCCUGAGCCCCAGUCUGCUGGGCUACCAGCAGCCGGCCCUCAUGGCCGCCCCCCUGUCCCUGGCGGACGCCCACCGCUCCGUGCUGGUGCACGCCGGCUCCCAGGGCCAGAGCUCCAGCCUGCUGCACUCCUCUCCGGCCAACCAGCAGGCCUCACCGGUGAUCCACUACUCGCCCACCGGCCAGCAGCUGCGCUGCGGUGGCCACCAGGAAUUCCAGCACAUCAUGUACUGCGAGAAUUUCGCGCCCGGCACCGCCAGGCCCGGCCCGCCCCCCGCCAGUCAAGGUCAGAGGCUGAGCCCGGGGUCCUACCCCACGGUCAUUCAGCAGCAGAAUGCCACCAGCCAAAGAGCCGCCAAAAACGGACCCCCGGUCAGUGACCAAAAGGAAGUAUUACCCGCAGGAGUGACAAUUAAGCAGGAGCAGAAUUUGGACCAGACCUACUUGGACGACGAUGGAUCGAGUUGUGGUCUGCUUCAGUACUUGCAGUAGGGACGGCCAACUGGUGUUCCAUGGGCUCCAUUUAGCCUGCAGAUAUUUUGCUUGGCCCGCUCAGUAUUUGAAAAAAUAUUUGGAUUAGAUGCCAACGUUUAAAAACCGGGAGAUUGCACAUAAAAAUACAGAUUUCAGGCUUUCCUUGGAAAACCCAAGAAUCGGCUGCCCAGGGCCCCACAUUCUGCAUGGUGGCUACCUGGAAUCAAAGUCAAGGCUGACCUUAUGUAGAGACCACCUCCUUUAGAGCGCGUACUUGCCCUUGUCCGUAGCCCCCACCCCUCCCUCCUGCCUCCUGAAGGUGGAUGGAGUGUCUGUUGUUUUUUGCCAUCAUGGUUGUGUUCUUGUUCCUCUUAUACCUGGCCCACCUCACUCAGUCAGUGUUUCUUCCCGCACCUGUUCAGCAUUUGAAUUUGUGAUCUCUCUUCUGGAAGCGCCACUCCCACCCAUGGCUGCCUGACCCCGCCCUUGAUACAUAGCGAGGCUUAGGAGGUGUUAGCUCCCUCUGUCCUUCUUCCUUCUCCCUCUCUGUUGUCGGGGUUUAAGAUGUUUUUUAAAACAACCUUCUAUUAUGAAAUGUAUGCAAAUAUAGAGUAGCACCAUGUACCCACCACUCAGCUUCAACUGUUAUCAACUCACAGCUAAUCUGCUUUCUUGCAUACCUCUGGUCAUCUCCCACUCCUAUUUCAUAGUAGUAUUUUUAAAAAAUCUUUUAUUAGAGAGAGAACAUGUGGGCACACA